AUGAUUUUAGGUUUCAAAUGUGAAGAUGGACACACUGGUGAAAAUAACGACUUACAUAAUCAUGUUAUAAAUAACCAAUUGAACCAAUGUACAGCUGACGUUAGGAAAGUGAAUACUGUUAAAAAACCUUUUGAGUGUCAAAGUGAUAAUAAUUAUAAAGACCAGAUAAGAAGACAUAUGAUAGAGCAGCACACUAAAGAAAAAUCUGUUACAUAUGAAACCUGUUCGAAACAAAGUAAAAAAGUUUACACGAAUAUACACUCUUCUGAAAAACAUUUUACAUGUGAAGUUUGCAAUAGACAAUAUGUAUCAAAUGGUAAUCUAAAACAACAUAUGAUAAUUCACACUGGGAAAAAACCAUUCGAAUGUGAAAUAUGCACAAAACAGUUUACACAACUUUCUAAUUUAAAAGUUCAUAUGAGAAGGCACAUUGGUGAAAAACCUUUUGAAUGUCAAGUAUGCACAAAACAGUUUUUAACAAAUGAUCACUUAAAAAGACAUAUGUUGGUGCAUACUGGUGUAAAACCAUUUGAAUGUGAAAUAUGCACAAAACAGUUUGCACGAACUGCUGACUUAAAAUUUCAUAUGAGCACGCAUACUGGUGUAAAACCAUUUGGAUGUCAAGUAUGCACAAAACAGUUUUUAACAAAUGAUCACUUAAAAAGACAUAUGUUUGUGCAUACUGGUGUAAAACAAUUUGGAUGUGAAAUAUGCACAAAACAGUUUGCACGAAGUUUUAACUUGAAAAAUCACAUGAGAACGCAUACUGGUGUAAAACCAUUUGGAUGUAAAAUAUGCACAAAACAGUUUACACGAAAUGCUGCCUUAAAAAAACAUAUGGUCGUGCAUACUGGUGAAAAACCGUUUGGAUGUGAAAUUUGA